AUGUUUUCAGCAUUGAAAUAUUGUGCAAUAGACUAUUUAUAUGAGAAUGUAGUUAGAAAGAAGUUUUGCAGAAAUGCUUUAUCACUUCAAAUCCCUUCAUGUUUAUAUCAAGAUGAAAACUGUCAUGCAGGAGUUACUGACUAUAAAUUUAGGAGGCCAUGGACAAGAGUCUCAGCUGUUUCGAUUCGGGGAAUGACAGACACCUCAGUCUUGGAUCAAUGGAAAGCAAGUCUCAUUGUGGAGGAUUUCCUUGAGAAAAGAUCGAUUACAGGAAUGGUGACCCAAAUUAAUUGUGAAUUUGAGGAAGUUGUUCCAAGUUCAAAUCCAAACUCCCAAACUGAAGUAGAGGAAGCCAGUUUAUACACCCACAAGGACUACAGUGAAGUCUUUACACCUGUCAGCUGUUCAGAAAAAUGUCCAGCACUUCAAGCACAAAACCAAGAUUUAUCUAUUGAUGAUGAAGAAAUAAUUUUCAUAAAUAGUUUGAUGACUUAUAAAAAUCAGCUACCAACUUCACAUACUCUCUGGGAUAGACUAAAACUAUUUUUGGUAAAGGAUCCCCUUUUAGAUUCCAAGGGACAGAUCUUCACAGAAGCUAAUUUUUCCAGGGAAUGUUUCUCCUUCCAAGAAAAUUUGAAAGUUUCUGUGAAAGAAGACUUUUGUAUGGAUAAAGAGAACUUUUGUCAGGAGAAACUAGAAGAUACAGUAGGUUUAAACCAGCCAUCAAGUUUUCCUCUUAAGUAUGAAUGCUUAAUACCUACAAGCGUCGAACAAGAAAUUGCUAUUCCAUCAUCCUCAGAACUGAAGGAGUCAUUAAACUUAAUGCCAGAAAUAAUAAAUUAUGUAGAUGAAAAUGAACAGCUUUUAAAAAAAGAUCUUACUACCAAGCAUGCAGUUGACACUGAGGAUAUGAAAUGCAGCUCCACAGAGAGUUUGACCAUCCAAAGCCAGAGUGAACCGGAGUACAGUGAACCAGGAGAGUUAGAAAUGCCACUAACUCAUCUACCCCUAACAAGCCAACAUUCUUCAGUGAAUUCAUUAUGUACAGGACUUCAGACAUUUCCAUCUUUUCCUGUUGGUAAAAUUAGUUUGCUUAUUGCUGAAGAAUCAGCAAAGAAAUAUUGUAUGGUGUGGCAAUUAGAAAGCUGCAGAAGCUCUUUGAACUCAUUUUUGCUUACAGUGCGAAGAAUUCAAGAGUCCAACAGUCAAUAUUCAGUUACAGAUUUGAAGAAGAUAUUUUCUAUUGAAGAAGGAAGCCUUGGGAUUAAUCCCAUAAAGGCAGACUGGUGGAAACAGGCAGGACUAAAUCUAAUGAUGAGACAAACUUUGAAACAUCUGAAUACAUACUUGCAUCAUGAUCAUCUGUCUUCUAAUGACACUGAAAUGGAGAGAUUUUUGCCUACAGAAAUGCUUCCAUUACAAUCAUGUACAGAACAUAAAAGUUGUUCCUCACCUAUUAUACUUACUAAUGAGAAAUCUACAAAUGAUUGCUUAUCACUUCCACAAAAAAGCCCAUCGCUGACGGAAGAAGAACCAGAUUUGUGUUUUUCUGAUGAAUAUAUCUCUGUUCAAAGACCAACAAAAGAAGAAAAACCAAAGAAUAAUCAAGAGCUAGUUAAUGGAAUAGUCCAAAAGAAAGAAAAUAAAGAUAAUGUUGAACUUGACUGCACAGUGCGAUCUACUACAUCAUCUUCCUCUUCAAGAAUUAAAAAAGCAUCUUUUGAACAUGGUAAAAAACGGGAGAAUGAUUUGGAUCUUUUGAGUGACUUCAUGAUGCUGAGAAAUAAAUAUAAGACUUGCACCUCAGAGACUGAAAUCACAGAGAGCGCUAAAAAAGAUGAUAAAGAAGAAUGUUCUUUGACUCUUCAAGAAAAAAGUCCUAUUGUCUGUACUAAUAAAACCCUGGAGAAAACAAAUCAGGAAAGGAGAACAAAUAAUGUCAUUGAAAUUCAAGCAUCAGAUAGCCAGUGCCAAGCAUACUCUCUCCUAGAAGCAGCAGCUACUCCUAUCUUACAAAAACUUAUAUGUCUCUGUACUCUUCCUGCUGCUAAUUGGAAAUUUGCCAUUGUUAUUUUUGACCAAACAAGGUUUCUCUUAAAAGAACAAGAAAAAGUAGUAAGUGAUGCUAUUCCCCAAGGUACAAAUGAUGGAAGAGAAGUGACAUUCAAGCAUGCUGCCCUCCUACACCUUCUGGUAACAAUUAGAGAUGUCCUUUUAACAUGCAGCUUGGACACAGCAUUGGGAUAUUUGUCACAUGCAAAAAACAUCUACAGAAGCAUUUUAGGCUCCUAUUUGGAUGAUAUUUGGAGGCAGCUGGAGAUUGUUCAGUUUGUUAGGGAAAACAAGCCUGAAACCAACUACAAGAUACAGGAAUUGCAAUGUCAGAUACUAAGUUGGAUGCAAAGUCAACAGCAAAUUAAGGUGCUGGUUAUAAUAAGAAUGGACUCAGAUGAUGAAAAACAUUUACUCAUUAAAAUUCUUAGUAAAAUGGAAGGCUUAACAUUGACAGUCCUUCAUUCAAAUGAAAGAAAAGAUUUUCUGGAAUCUGAAAGUGUUUUAAAAGGUACAAGUUCCUGUGUAGUUGUACAUAAUCGAUACAUUGGAGCAGAUUUCCCCUGGAGUAACUUCUCAUUUGUGGUAGAAUACAAUUAUGUGGAAAAUUCUUGUUGGACUAAACAUUGUGAAAAGUUGAAUAUUCCUUACAUCGCCUUUAAAGUAAUUCUUCCAGACACAGUUUUAAAAAGAAGCAACUUGCUGGAUAGAUUUGGUGGUUUUCUUUUGGAAAUUCAUAUUCCAUAUGUGUUUUUUGCAUCUGAAGGACUUCUUCAUACUCCAGAAAUACUUCAGCUGUUAGAAUCUAACUAUAAUAUCACAGUAGUGGAGAGAUGCUGCAGUGAGUCAUUGAAACUCUUUGGAAGUACAGAGUAUUAUGUAGUGGUGACAAUUGAUGAACAAACUGCCAUAAUUUUGCAGGACCUAGAAGAAUUGAAUCGUGAGAAGGCAUCAGACAAUAUUAUUAUGAGACUAAUGGCAUUAUCAUUCCAAUACAGCUAUUGUUGGAUAAUUUUAUAUACCAAACAAACAUUAAAUUCAGAGUACCAACUUACAGAAAAGAGACUUCAUCACCUAGCACUGAUUUAUGCAGCUUUGGUUUCAUCUGGGCUAAACUCUGAAGAACUGGAUGUAAAGCUUAUAAUUUCCCCAGGAGUAGAAGAGACAGCACUGAUAAUUCGACAAAUUGCUGACCACAAUUUAAUGACCUCGAAGAGAGAUCCUCGUGAAUGUUUGGAUAAAUCCUGGCUUGAAGUUUCACCAUCUAAGGAAGAAAUGUACUUACUUGAUUUUCCAUGUAUUAACCCAUUGGUGGCUCAACUCAUGUUAAAUAAAGGACCUUCACUGCAUUGGAUAUUAUUAGCAACUCUGUGUCAACUUCAGGAACUCCUACCUGAAGUUCCAGAGAAAGUGUUAAAGCAUUUUUAUAGCAUCACUUCCUUAUUCAAGAUUAGUUCUUAUUCCACAACAAAAUCACCUGAAAUUUCAUCACCUUGGGAAAAUAGGAAUCAGACUGAUACCUUUACUUCUCAGAGUUCAGCUUCUGGCUCUUCCGACUCUAUCAUUCAAGAACAUAAUGAAUUUUACCAAUAUUCAGAAUUAGGAGAGACAGUACAGGAAGACAUAAACAACACUUCAAAUUAUAACUCUUCCCUUAUGGAACUAAAAAAAGUGCCAUGCAUUUUACCAUCUGUGACUUCAUACAAUCCGACUAGCUACUGGAAAGACUCCAGUUGUAACCCUAAUAUAGUGGAGAAUAAUAAUCCUUUUCUAGUUAAUACAGAAUCAAGGAAAGCAGCUUGUAACUCCUUUGUAAACCAGAAUGAUUCAGAGUCAGAUAUCUUUUCUUUGGGCCUAAGACAAAUGAACUGUGAAACUAUAAUAUCACCAACUGACACUCCAAAGACAGUUGUCCCUAAUUUUAUAAAUUAUCAGAAAAAAGGAACACAUGAAGCAAAAGGAUUCAUAAAUAAAGACAUAUCUGCCCCUAUCUUUUCACUAGAAGGCUCUCAAUCUCCUCUUCAUUGGAACUUUAAAAAAAAUGUAUGGGAACAAGAGGAUCACUCAUUCAACUUUCAGUUUGGUACAGAGCAGACUACACGUGACAAGUGGUACUCUCAGAAAGAUAAUUUAUUCACUAAUCAACAACAAUGUCUGUUGGAUGAAUUAGAAGACUUUACAUGUGAAAGUUCAAAUGUUGAAACUAAAAGGACUUUCUGGAGAGGAUUACCAUCUGUCCCCAGUUUGGAUUUAUUUUGUCCUUCUGAGACUAAUGUAAAUCAAAGAGAAUUCAACAGACACUAUCUCUACGAAAGAACUGGAAAGUGUUUAGGACGGAAAAGGCACCCUGAAUCUUCAUCUGAUCCAAGAGACAAGGAACCAUUAACAGGUUUCAUGUACUCACCACCACCACAAUUCAAAAAACGACGUCUAGUGUAUGAAAAAGUCCCUGGUAGGGCUGAUGGACAGACUCGGCUAAAGUUUUUUUGAAGGUGGUAAAGAACAAUGCUACAUGCCAUAUUCCACUGCUUUUGAUGAUAAUCCACUAGCAAAAGUAUUUAGAUUUGCUCAUACAUUAAAGAAAAUGCAAUUAUUCAUACAUGUUCUCAGUGUUUCUAUAUUAAAUUUUCAUAAUAU